AUGGCAGAGUUACGAAAGGUGGUCGUUUGCACGCCCGGUGGCCGAGAGAUUGAAGUGGACUUCAGUGAGGAGGGAACCGUCCGGGCCCUGAAGGAGCAGCUGCAAGAAGCAGUCGGUGAAAGCCCUGCUCGGAUGACAUUGCUCCAUGGCGGCACCGUGCUCAAGGAUGACGAGAGGCUUGCCGAGACCAGCUCGGGCUUGACACUGGUCAUGUCGUCUUUGCCAAGCGGCUGCUUUACGGUCUCCUCGAAGAGCAUGUACGAGGAAGGUCACACCACGGUUGACGUGACGGCUGAGUUUCAGAGCGACGGCGCCUUCCGCAUUGCGAUCCGGGAGACCAAAGACAGAGAUGACGAAGACGACGAGCCUGACCCGUACGAAGCAGGAGCUGCCUGGGAUCAGAAGUACACCGGCACUUGCGUCGCAAACGGCCAGGAUCUGAGGCUUGCGAUUUCUGACUCGGACCGCAAGGGCUACUUCGACCAUCUGCCCCCACUUGACGCGGAGUUCAGGGGCACCUAUGCGAGCGCCUCGGAGCUCCAGCUGCGGCUGCCUUUGGCAGCAGAAGGAACUGCUGACCUGGCCUUGGUCUCACUGCAAAAGGAGGAGGCCUACGUUCUUCACGACUGGUCUGUGGACCUCGUGUCGCGACUUUGCCCGUCGGAUGUUCUGUGGCGAUACCAGCUGAGUGAGCCACGCUGCGCCCUCACCAUUGACGACGUGCCGCUGCUGGACAAGCCGUCCCAGCUGGAGGAAAUCCUCGAUGUGCUCAAGAAGAACAAGGUCAAAGCUACCUUGAUGAUCAUGUCUGGCUUCGAUUUACCGCCAGAACAAGGUGGGCCGCCGGCAGCAUUGCGGAAGCGCUACCGCACGCUGCUGCAGCGGGCCGUCAAGGAGGGCCACGAGCUGGGGAACCACCUCCAGUUCGAUCGUCCCGCCAUAGCUAUGGACGCGGUGGACUUCGACAAGGCCUUCCACCACUGUGACAGUUUGAUCGCCGAACUUUCUGGGGGCGGAGGUGCCUGGACGCAGCGACCCUGCCGCUGGUUCCGACCGGCCUCGGCCCUCUUCAAUCAGCACAUGCUCACCUCGGCGCGGGGCAAGGGAUACACAACUGUCAUCGCCAGCUGCUAUCCGCACGACGUGGCCUCCAUCACUCGCUUCAUCAACAGCUGGUACUUAAGGUGGCGCGUGCGCCCCGGGGCCAUCAUUGUGGUUCACGACAGAUGGCACACGGCAUCGACCUUGGAAGCAGCGCUUCCGCAGAUUCUCAGCUCAGGCAUCAAGCUCGGGACGCUGAGUGAGCUUCACGAAGCGUACGACAAGGAGAUGGGCCCGAAGUCGAAAGACAGCUGA